AUGGACAUGGCUGGGAAUUGCACGUACCCGCUGGAGUUGGGGCCGCUGCAGAUCAACUACCUCGAGUUCCACUACUGCGUGAUGGCAGGCCAUCCGUGGAUCUCACUCGGUGUUCUGUGCAUGUGGCUCCUUCUCCUCUUCUAUCUCGUCGGCCACACCGCAGACACGUACUUCUCGCCGACCUUGUCGAUGCUCUGCACGCAGUUGGCCAUUCCGUUUGACGUGGCCGGAGUCACGUUGCUCGCGUUUGGCAACGGCGCGCCGGAUGUGUUUUCGUCGUUGGCCACGUCCACGUCCGGCACGAUGGCGACAGGGUUGAACGCGCUUCUCGGCGGCGUCAUGUUUGUCACGACCGUCGUCGUGGGCGCGUCCUUGCAUGCAUCUCCCACGUCUUGCGUCAAGAUCACACCGCGGCCGUUCUGUCGCGACGUGCUGGCGCUGCUACUGACCCUCCUCGUGCUGAUCAUCGACUUGCCGUCAUCCACGACGUCGCGCACGAGCGCGUACGUGCUACUGGGGUGCUACGUCGUGUACGUUUCGAUCGUCAUCGUGCCUUCUUGGUGCUCUCAACGCAAAGCCAAAGCCAGCGCCGCCGCCGCCGCCAUGGCAGACGACGCCCAAGGGGUGCUGUUUGCAUUUUGGCACGCGCCGAAUCUGUUCCCGCUCCGUUCAAAGCAGCAUUCCCAUUCGUACGACUUUGUCACGCUCAGCGACCCCCACUCCCCGCCACUCAAAACGACCUUCGCUACACCUUGGACAGCACCACCACACCUAGGUGUACACCCCCCGCCAACUUAUGUGGACGACACCUACUUUCCCCCGCCACUACCCGUCAUAUCAUCAACCGAGCUCGCGCGUCCGCUGCUUUCUCCACAUCACCAGCACCUUACAUCCCCUUCAUCUUUCACCUCGACGACGCUGCUUUGCCGUGUCCGCUACGUCCUAUUCCAACUCGUUCGAGACGUUUCGAUCCCCAUGGUGCUGGUCACGACUUGGUCGAGACGUCAUGCGUUUCUAUCGCUGCUGGUGACCCCCCCCUUUAUCGCAUGGGUUUUAACUGGCGACGCCUUUACGCCGGACGUGGCCUGUCUCACGCUCGUCCUCUCGAUGCCCGUGGCCACCGCCGUGUAUGCGACAACGUACUCGACGACGCCGCCAACCGCCGCGUGGGUCCGGGGGCUGUUUUAUCUCUUGGGGUUUGCUUCAUGUGUGUGCUGGAUCUAUGGCCUCGCAUCGGAAGUCAUCGCGGUGCUCUCGGCGUUCGGAGAUAUCACGAAAUUGCCGCCCAGCGUACUCGGCUUGACGGUGCUGUCGUGGGGGAAUUCCGUGGGCGACCUGAGCACAAACGUUGCAAUCGCCCGGGGCGGGUGCGCCGAGAUGGCUCUGGCGGGGUGCUUUGGGGGCCCCGUGUUCAAUUUGCUCGUGGGGCUCGGCGUGCCCUUGGCCGUGUGGGGCGGGGGGGGCGGCGCCGCCGUCUUUGACGUCCACGGACUCGUGUCAGUGGCGGCGCUGGGGCUCAGCUUAAGUCUGACGCUGGCGGUGGCGGUGGUGACCGGAUUUCAGUGUCCCAAGUGGUAUGCGUCCGUGCUGUACGCCGUGUAUGCCACACUUAAGCUGAGCCCCAGCGCCGCCACUGACACGAGUCCGUGGACGUCAAAGACGGCGGCGCCGCCCCCCCCGCCCCACACGGCCAAGGGCACGCCGAGCCCCACGAGCAAAUUGAACACGGGGCCCCCAAAGCACCCCGCCAGAGCCAUCUCGGCGCACCCGCCCCGGGCGAUUGCAACGUUUGUGCUGUCGUGGGGGAAUUCCGUGGGCGACCUGAGCACAAACGUUGCAAUCGCCCGGGGCGGGUGCGCCGAGAUGGCUCUGGCGGGGUGCUUUGGGGGCCCCGUGUUCAAUUUGCUCGUGGGGCUCGGCGUGCCCUUGGCCGUGUGGGGCGGGGGGGGCGGCGCCGCCGUCUUUGACGUCCACGGACUCGUGUCAGUGGCGGCGCUGGGGCUCAGCUUAAGUCUGACGCUGGCGGUGGCGGUGGUGACCGGAUUUCAGUGUCCCAAGUGGUAUGCGUCCGUGCUGUACGCCGUGUAUGCCACGUACACGCUCUUGCACGGGGCUAUCUUAUUCGGGUGGGUGAAUCUCGCUAGUAUUACUACGGACGGAUACUAG